AUGGAAGAAUCUGAAAGAGAAAAUCAAACUCAUGUCACUGAGUUCAUCCUCCUGGGAUUCCGAGAUCUGAAGAAUCUCCAGGUCCUUCUCUUUCUGGGAUUCCUUGUGAUCUAUAUUUCAACCAUGGCAGGAAAUCUUUUAAUUGUUGUGCUUGUGAUCAGCGAUCAGCAUCUUCACACCCCCAUGUACUUUUUCCUUGGCAACCUAUCUUGCUUAGAGAUCUGCUACAGCUCAACCCUCAUCCCUAUAUUGCUGACCACUCUUCUGAGAGAUGGAAAGGUCAUUUCAUUCAGCAGCUGCUUCCUGCAGUUAUUUUUCUUUGGCUACUGUUUGGGUGCAGAGUGUUAUUUGCUCUCUGUGAUGUCCUAUGACAGGUAUUUAGCUAUACGCAAACCAUUACAUUAUACCACAAUUAUGAACCCCAGGAAGUGUAUACAGUUAGCAGCUGUGUCCUGGACAAAUGGCUUCAUAGGUAUUUCCAUAAUCAUGGCCGCAAUGCUACAGCUAACAUUCUGUGGCCCCAAUAAAAUUGAUCAUUAUUUCUGUGAUUCUGUUCCACUUAAACAACUUUCCUGCAGUGACACAGAUUUGGUAGAACAUAUUAAUUUAACUUUGUUGUUUAUAUACACAAUGCCUCCAUUUGUACUGACCCUGGCAUCCUACAUAUGCAUUCUAAAGGCCAUCCUCAAAAUCCCAUCCACCUCGGGAAGGCAAAAGGCCUUCUCCACAUGUUCUUCUCAUCUCAUUGUUGUUUCAACUUACUAUGGGUCUUUAACAGCCGUGUAUCUCUUACCAAAAUCCUCUUCAAUGAACAAAGUUUUUUCUCUGUUGUAUACGGUCCUUCCCCCUCUAGUAAACCCCCUUAUAUAUAGCCUGAGAAACAAGGAGGUGAAGAGAGCCCUGAGAAAGGCAAAAAAUAAAGUAGCAAAUUUCAGAAUAUUUCAAAAUAUGCUAGCUAAUUUGGUUAGCAUUAAAGACAGGUAG